UAAAAGCCUACUGGGAGGAGAGAGAGAGAGAGAGAGAGAGAGGGGGAGGGGAGUCUGUGAGACACAAAUACUCGAAACACACACUUAACAACACAGACACAGACACACCCAACAAAAGAAAGAGAGAGAAGCACUGGACACACAAACAAAAACCCAGAAUCUACACCCUCUCACUCCCUCACCUCAAUUAUUAUUUCUAUUUUUAUUCUAAUUAUUAUAUAUUAACUACUCUUACCCCCCCCAAUUUUCCACUUCUAACUAUCUAUUUCUGCUGCUGCUUCUUCAAGAACCAAAAAAAAAAAAAAAAAAAAAAAACAUAGAAAGAGAGAGAGAAAGAGAGAGAUCUUGUCCUCCUACAAACAAUGCUCACUUUGUAGCGGACAAGGUAAUCUCAAUCCCCAACAAUUCCACCAACUUUUUAUUAUUAUUUUUUUUUGUUUCUAAAAAUUAUUCCUCAAUUUUUCUCAUUAACGCUUCGAAUCCAAACUUCCCUUUUCCUCUUCCUUUUGAUCGGUACCUUACAAAACAAUUGCCUAUAAAGGUUUUUUUUUUUUUUUUUUUUUUUUUUUUUUUAAUUUUUUUAUUCUCACUUUUCCUUUUUUUAUUUAUUUAUAUUUUCCUAAAUUUCAAAUUUCUCAAUUUGCUUCACAGUAAGGAAAUUAGGGUUUUUAUUUUUUAUGGUUUAGGGUACUGAGAAUUUCUUCGUACUGAGAAGCGUGAAUGGUCUAGGGGUUUUGUGGUUGGAUCGUAACCAAGCAGUUGUGGAAUUUAGUAGUGAAUUAUUAAUGGAUUAGAGAUUUAGGGGAUUGGAGAGUUAUGGGCGAUCUUGGAUGGAAUCGAAAUUGUUAAAAUUUGAGACUAGUGCUACUGGGGGAGUUUUCAAGUUGGGAGAUUGCUUGGAAAUAAUCAUGCCCAUUGUUGCUCAGAGGAGCAUGGAAGAGGAUUGCACAUAUUGAAUUGUUGUUAAUAAAGACAGUGAUCCAAGACUUUUUUUUUUUUGGGGAAUGUGAUUUUUAUUUUGUUUUGCUGCUUUGUUGUUAUUUUUUCUGUUUUGUUUCGGAGAUUCAGGAUUUCUGGGUUCUGUUUUGCAGAGUUUGUGAUCUUCUCUUUGUAGGGGAAUGAUUUUGUUGUUGGGAUUUGCUUAUAAGGAGGAGGAGGUGAUGAUUCUGUAUUGGCUCAGAAGAAGAGGUUCUGAUUGCACUUCACUCUUUUCGUUUCUCAAGAAACCCUUUGGGUUAACAUAGAUAGUUUCAGCUCAAAUCAUUAUUCACCAAAGGCCAAAGGGGCUUUUUUCUUUUUCAUCAGUCAGUCUUUUGCCAUCUGGGUUUUGUUCUACUAGUUUAGUACAGUAUAUUAUUACAGUUGCUUUGAUUGAGUGGUUGCUGUGCCUGAGUGUAAUUUUCUCGAGUUACUUUCAGUGAUAUUUGCUUGACCUGUUUGUGCAUUUGAGCUAGAGGGGAAGAAAGGUUGGUGGGUUUCGAAACUGUGUAAGCUUAUGGAGGUAUAUUGAAGCUGGAAAUGAAUGUGGGGACAUGGUGCAUGGACAGAAGCAUAGUUGCUGGUUCGUUCCCCUUCUGGAACAGUGCUCCUGGAAAGUGAUUCCAACAUUUUUGCAUUUGGAAGGCGCUUGUGUAGUGUAUUGCUGGAUUUUGUGCAAUGUCGCGCUGCUUUCCGUUCCCACCACCAGGAUAUGAAAAGAAGGCACGGACAGAGGAUGUGGACUUACUAAAAAAGGAAAAGCACAGAGAAAAGAAGCAUAAAAAGGAGAAAAAAGACAAAGAGAAGAAGGAAGGCAGAGAGAAAAGAGAGAAAGAUAGAAGUGAUGGAAAGCAUACGGAAAAGAAAGACAAGAAGGAAAAACACAGAGAUAAAAAGAAGGAGAAGGAGAAGGAUAGGGUUAAAGAGAAAAACAGUGCCCCAGGUGAGAAGAGACUUCCAGGGCAAGCUGAGGGUUACUCUGGAGAAAAACUCAUUCAAAAUGAGGAAAUGGAUAAAGAUAAAAAUGGUAUUUCAAACAAAACAAGAUUUUCUGGGCACAAUGGAGAGAAACUCAGUGAGAGAAUCCAUCUGGCUGAGUUGGGCAGGAGGAUCAAAGAUGAUGACAGAGCGACCGAGAACAAGUUGGUUGAAAAUUUUACUUAUAUGGACCGGAAUGAGGAGAUGGUCAAAUUGGUGGCUAAAGGUACUGGCACUUGGGCUGAAGGUAAGGAUAAGACCAAGAGGGUUGAUGAUAGAAAGAUGGAUUUGCAAGGAAUCAAGGAGGCAAGAUUUGCUAAUUCGCUGGAUCAGAAUCCUGCUGCAUCUGUUCAAACUAGAGUUGAAGGAUUGCCUAGACCAUUUGAGAAAAAUAUUGAGAAAAGGAUGGAAGAGAAGGAGAAGACCAAAGAAAAGGAAGGAGAUGAUAAACAGGGGAAUAAACGCAAGGAUAAAGUUAGAGAGAAAAAGAGCCAAGGGAAGGAUAAGAACAGGGACAAAGAGAAGAAAAAGGAGGUGAAAGUUGAACAUAAGAACACGGGACACAAUAAAUUAAAAGAGGGCAACAAGAAUGACCUUUUAGGUAGCCAUUAUAUUAAAACCCCCCAACUUCUGGAGGGCAGCAACAAGAAUGCUGCUUCUGAGGAAAAUCUAAAGAAACGGAAGGAAGUUGAGACAAAUGGAGUUUUACAUGCCACUGAUGGUAGGCCUAAUAAGUUGGCAAGACCGACUUCCUCCAAUCAUUUAUCAGAAAAUGGAAGGAUGUUGGAACCUUGCCAAACUUCUAUCACCUAUGCGGAUAGGCAAGGAGCAGCCAGUAACCUUAAGGAACCCAAGCUAAAUGGCAUUAUAGAUCAGUCAUCUUCUGUCUCCUUGAAGAAGCCCAUGCUUGCCACUGCACAAGCUGAUCAAAUCACUGAAGCAUCAGCAAAACCACCCAAUCCGGAUUCCAAGUAUUUAAGCCAGGUAUGUACAGUACCCUCAUCUUCUGUCUCCUUGAAGAAGCCCAUGCUUGCCACUGCACAAGCUGAUCAAAUCGCUGAAGCAGCUGCAAAACCACCUCAUCCGGAUUCCAAGUAUUUAAGCCAGGUAUAUACAGUACCCAAGAUGGAUGAGCUGUCUGAUUAUGAUGACCAAGAAUGGCUGUUUAGCAGCAAUGGCUUCCAAUCAGAAAAGCCCAAGGUGGAAUCUUCAAAGGUUGAGGAGACACCACAGGUAUGGGCAGAAGCUCUGAGGAUAGAGUCAGCUGAUGUUUGUGCUCUGCCUUAUGUUAUUCCAUACUGAUUAAUUAUUAAUUAUUCAAAUGAGCUUGGCUCACACACCAAAUCCCCCCCCCCCCCCCCCCCCCCCCCCCCCCCCCUCUCACUCCACCUGAGCUUGGAAAUGCUUCAUAUGACCACACAUGGGGAAGGAACAGCAGCAUCUGGCCCUUGAGAUGGGAUUUCCAAUUUUUGUCGCUGCAUUUUCUUGUUAUUGCACUCUGUUGCAGGAAGCAUUGUAUGGGUGCCUGCCUUGUGAACUUGGUUGAAAUGCAUGUCACACGAAAUUGCCUGCUCCAGUGCAUCAUUGCAGGGCUAAGAUUUGGAGGGCGGCUUUUGCCUCAUGGCAUCGAAACUACUAAUUCAUUCAAAAUGGAAAUUUUCAUAAAGGCAACUUGGGGAGCUUGCAUAGAAAGGGAGAAGUAUAAGUUUGUGCAAUUCUAUUCUAUUUUCUUAGAGCUGAGAGGCUCUUCUAAUUGAGAAUGUAAGGGAAACUAGAUGUGGUCUUUGCAAUCCCACCACAAUUUUGAUUUGUAACAUAGAACUCUUAUUUACAAGAAAUGUAAAAUAGAAGCAAAAGAAAAGUAGUGGAAUUCAUUUA